AUGGCACCAAAAUCCGAUAGCGCCGAAGCCAUCGUGUUGAACUUCGUCAAUGAGCAAAACAGGCCGGUGAAUACGCAGAACGUGGCGGAUGCGUUGCAGAAGUUCAACCUGAAGAAAGCGGCGAUUCAGAAAGCGUUGGACAACCUUGCCGAUGGGGGGCGCAUUUCGUUCAAGGAGUACGGUAAGCAGAAGAUAUAUCUUGCGCGGCAAGAUCAGUUCCAAAUUCCCAACAAUGAAGAAUUUAACCAGAUGAAGGAACAGAAUGCUGACAUGCAAAAACAGCUAGAAGAUCAGAAAAAGGCUAUCGGUGAGGUUGAGGCAGAAAUUAAGUCGUUGCAAUCAAAUUUGACACUGGAUCAGAUCUUUGAAAGAGAAGUGAACCUUAGAUUGGAGGUUCAAGAGAUGGAGGAGAAAUUGACCAAGUUACGGGGAGGUGUAACUCUGGUAAAGCCAGAAGAACGCAAGGCAGUUGAGGGUAUGUUAUCAGAGAUGCUAGGUCAGUGGAGAAAGCGUAAAAGAAUGUUCAAGGAUUUAUGGGAUACCCUCACUGAGAACUCACCUAAGGAUCCCAAAGAAUUUAAGGAGGAGCUUGGAAUAGAAUAUGAUGAAGAUGUUGGGGUGAGUUUUCAGUUAUACAAUGACCUGAUUCAACAUGGUAAGAAGCGGUCCAGGGGGCAGUGA